AUGCCUCGCUCACCAAAGUCAAGCGACUUGGUCUUCGUCGAUCAUAACCCGAUUAAGGGCUCUGAUACUCAACUCACGGCCGACACCCUCCGUCGACUAAGCAUCGUCUCAACUGACUCGGACUAUGAACUCAUCCACUUUGGCGAACCUCAUCACGUUCCCCAGACAGAAGCACAAGACGCCGCCUCCGAUGAUGACAAUGCCUCCACAGCCUCGGAUAAUUCACACAUCUCAAUUCCCCUGCCUUCUACCAGCACCACAUCUCUCCAUAUGGCCGACCGAGAGGACCUUCUCCAUCUUUUGUCGUUGAACCUCACCUACGGCCGCCACUUCUUGGCCCCCAUUGGCGACAGCCUCAACAAGAUACUGGACCUUGGUUGCGGAACAGGCAAAUGGACGGUGGAAGUUGCCGACAAGUUCCAGUUUGCCAAGGUGGUGGGGGUAGAUCUGAGUCCGAUCCAACCGGUGAUGAGUCCGGAGAACGUGGAGUGGUGGAUUGAUGAUGUGGAAGAUGAGGAGGAGAACUUCUUUGAGACGGAAGGGUAUGAUUAUGACUUUGUCCAUGCGAGAUACUUACUUCCCAUGGUGGUCGAUCCGGCCGGGAUAAUAAGGAAAUGCUUCGAUCACCUAAAACCAGGUGGCUGGAUCGAAACGCAAGACUUCCAUCCUCAAAUCAGGUCUGACGAUAACUCCAUUCCCGCGAAGGAGAUGUAUCCGCCCGGGCAGCUCAUGGACUUGGCGAACAUAGCUUGGGCCCACGCAGGCACAGACUACCGCGUCACUCCCCAAAUAGGAGAGAUGAUGAAAGAAGCUGGCUUUGUGAACGUGACGUCCAGACAGUUCAAGGUACCACUGGGUCCAUGGCCUAGAGAUGAGUAA